GGUAAAGACAGUUCAUGGACUGGUACAGAUUCUUAGCCUUUUCAUACACUACCGAAUGGGAUAGUUAGUCUAAAGCUGGAGUAUGAGAGGUUGGUACUGUUAUCCAAUAAGAGAUUGCUAUUUUUUUUUUUUCAAACAUAGCUUUUUGUCUUGUCUCAGACUCUAAUGCAUGUCUCCUUCUGAAUUGUGUACCUUGUCUCGGACGCGGUUAACUAUUCCAUUCGGUUAAGUAAUUAUUUCAUUCGCCAACUCCAAAGAAAUAAUAAUACCAAACCAGAUGAACCGGCAAUAACUACUUUCCCAAAUCUUAACCGCCGCUGCAUCAAAAUUCAAAAGUACAUACAGUGUUGACGCACGGACAUAUCGUGUCUCUCCGACAUAAAUUAUUGUCUGAACUUCUUCCAUUCACCAAUGACGAAAGAGAAGAAAAAGGAUAAUGUCAGAUUUAUGGAUGUCGAGUUCAACGUAUCGAUGCAUUGCAACGAAUGCGAGAGAAAAAUCGCCAGAGUUAUCUCUAAAUUCAAAGGAGUUGAAACAUUUACGACGGAUAUGAAUGGUCACAAGGUUGUGGUCACGGGAAGGCUUGAUCCAAAAAAGUUGUUGAAGAAACUCAGGAAGAAGACAGGCAAGAGAGUGAAGAUUGUAGCGAAGGAUGAUAAAGAUGACGAAUCUAGUAAGUACGCCGAGGACGAAAACGUUCUCGUGAUUGAUAUGGAACUGAUCGGUUUAGGAGAUGAGCAGGUCCUUGGGUAUAAUGAUAGGGAGUUAGAGAAGUUUAUGUGGUUUAGCGAUGAGAAUCCAAAAUCCAUAUGUUGUAUCUCUUAACGAAGUUGAAACUAUAAAUAAUCACACACAAAAACAUUCUUA